AUGGCACCUCUACUCUCCGUCAAGGGGCUCAGUCUGAGGAGAGAUGAAGGAGAAGGUUCUGCUAUUCUUCAUGACUUCAAUCUCGAAGUAGAAGAAGGUGAAGUGGUCAUCAUCAAAGGUCCAUCAGGUUGUGGAAAAACAACGUUAUUGAAAUGUAUAGCGGAAUUGAGUGUUUACCAAUCAGGAGAAAUAUUGUUGGAUGGAAAUGUUCGCGUUCCAAAAUAUCGUACUUUAGUACAAUAUGUUCCCCAACGACCAUCACUUCUUCCCGGCACACCGGCCGAGUUCCUCGAAACUAUAAGUCGUUUUUCAUCCCGUAAAAAAUCACAGCAAGACCGAAAGGGCGAAACUGACCCAAUGGCUCUAGCUGAGAAAUGGGGCAUAGAACGUACUAUGUGGGGUAGGGAAUGGGCUACUUUGAGUGGAGGAGAGGGACAGAGGAUCGCUUUGGCUUUAGCUGUGGGGAUUGGACGAGCAGAGGUCGUUUUACUUGAUGAACCCACCAGCGCGUUGGACGAAGAAUCAAUGAAGACGGUCGAACGGAGUUUACUAGAAAUGUUACCUCCUCUCAGAACACAGAAUUCAAAUGUGAGGACAGGUCCAAAAGCGUUGAUUUGGAUCACACACGAGGCCAGUCAAGCGGAUCGAGUGGGGACAAGAACGGUCGACUUGUCAAGAUGA